UUAUUUUGCACCGGCUUGCGUGGGAUUUUAUAAAAACAAAAGUGCUUGAAAAUGGCAUCAAGAAGACGACGUGCUUCAUUUAGUGACGAUGAAGAUGACACAGGUCGUCGUAAGAGACGCAGAACAUCAGAACACAUAGACAUUGAAGAUCGAUUGGAGUCCCUUAUAUCCCGGGUGGGAGAGAAGAGCACAUCAUCCUUGGAGAGCAACUUAGAGGGUUUGGCCAGUGUACUGGAGGCAGAUCUUCCCAACUACAAAACAAAGAUCAUCAGGAUCCUCUGUGAAUGUGUGGUGAAGUUGCCAGAGAAGCAGGCAGUGUACACCACUCUGGUUGGCCUUCUCAACUCCAAAAACUACAACUUCGGAGGAGAGUUUGUUGAGAUGCUGGUGAGACAGCUGAAAGAAAGUCUGAAAACAGAGCAGUUCAACGCUGCAAGAUUGAUAGUCCGGUUCCUGGCUGACCUGGUGAACUGCCGAGUCAUUGUAGCUGGCUCUCUCCUUGCCCUGUUUGACAACUUUGUGGAAGUCACACUAGAGGACAACAUUCCACAGGUGCGGUCAGACUGGUAUGUGUAUGCCGUUCUCGCAUCCCUGCCCUGGGUUGGUCGGGAGUUGUAUGAGAAGAAAGAGCUGGAGUUUCAGAAACUGCUGGUCACCAUUGACAACUACAUCAGCAAGCGACAGAAGAUCCAUGUGCCCGCCCUGCAGGUCUGGUUGUCCGACCAGCCCCACCCCCAGGAGGAGUACCUGGACUGCCUGUGGGCCCAGAUCAAGAAUGUCCGCAGCAACAAGUGGCUAGAGAAGCAGGUGUCGAGGCCGUACAUGGCAUUCGACAGUGUGUUGUGUGAGGCCCUGCAGCACACCCUUCCCCAGAUAAUUCCCCCUUCACACAACGAGGAGAUCAUGUAUCCUCUACCCACCGUCAUCUUCAGGAUGUUUGACUACACAGAUGUUCCAGAGGAGCUUGCUAUCCCAGGGAGCCAUGCCAUCGAGCGAUACCUGAUAGAGGAGCACCUGUCACACAUCAUAAACACCUUCCACCUCGAGAGGAAAGACUGUGCUGCAGCGUUAUUAAGUUUUACCACAAAGAACAAGAUUCCCCUCGACUACAUGAUUACUGAGGUGAUGUUUGGACACCUAUUCCGGCUGCCGACAUCCCCAUACCUGGAGAUCAUGAUUGGCUCCACACUUAUAGAGCUCUGUAAACUCCAGCCCAAGUCCAUGCCUCAAGUUCUGGCACAAGCUACAGAGAUGCUGUAUGAACGACUGGACACCAUGAAGACCCCCUGUAUUGAAAGGUUUGCAAACUGGUUUGCGUACCAUCUGAGCAACUUUCAGUUCCGUUGGUCAUGGGAGGACUGGUCUGAGUGUACGCAAGUAAACCCACUAAUGCCAAAGCCCAAGUUUGUCUCUGAGGUCCUGCACAAGUGUCUUAGGUUGUCAUACCACCAGCGCAUCAAGGACUCUGUGCCAGAAUCAUUCCAGGAUCUUGUACCAGUCAAGCCUCAGGCCAACUACAAAUAUGAGGAGGAGGGUUCAGCCCAGCUCCCGGGCCUGAUGACAGCCCACCAGCUGCUAGAGGCCAUCCGCUCUAAAUGCACGCCAGAGGAGACCCUUGUCCUUUUGAAAGAGGUGCCUAACCCACUCGCUGAUGAUACAGAUGAACCAUCCCACCACCCCCUGAGGAUUGAUGUGUUUGUCUCUACACUUCUUCAUCUGGGAUCUAAAAGUUUCUCCCACUCAUUCGCAGCCAUUGCAAAGUUCCACUACGUGUUGAAGACACUGGCAGAGUCCGAGGAAGGCCAGAUCUGUCUCCUCAAGACCAUGUAUGAAGUCUGGAGCACCCACCCACAGAUGAUGGUUGUUCUCACAGAUAAGCUCCUGAAGACUCAGAUUGUUGACUGUUCCGCUGUGGCCAACUGGCUCUUCUCUGCAGACAUGGCAGCUGACUUCACCAAGAACUAUGUAUGGGAGAUCAUGCACUCCACGAUCCACAAGAUGAGCAAGCAUGUGGAAAAAUUACAAAAGGAGGCUGAGGAAGCCAGGGACCUGCUUGAUGCCCACAAGAAAAAGAUAGCAGAUGGGCUGGAUUAUGAUGAUGAUGAUGAUGUGCCGACAGAGGAGAUGGUGGAGCGGAUGGAGGAACGACUUGAGCUUGUGCAGAACCAGCAGAAACGACUCUUCCUUAUCAUUUUCCAGCGGUUUAUCAUCAUCCUGACUGACCAUCUGGCACGGUGUGAGAGUGAGUCAAUGGACUACCAGACCCCGUGGUACAAGUGGGUCAUAGAGAGGCUGCAGGAGGUCUUCUUAGCACACCACGGUCUGGUGUUCCGGUAUAUCAACACCCUGGAGAGCCUACUGUUCACCAGUGAUAUCGACAUUCACAUUCUCGAGGUGUUUCAGCAGUUCUGUGCUCUCAGAUCUUGAACAUGCCCUCCUUACAAUCACCUUGUAAUCACCUUGAGGUGGAAAAGUGCAGAAGUGUCUUGGUGUGUUAUAGGAAUGUAGAACCUCUUCCACAACAAACAUCACCAUUCUCUUACUUUACAUUAUUAUACCAUAUCACUGCAGGAGAUUAUAGAAUAUCACAGGCAAGGUUCAAAUUCAGUCAUGAUUCAAAAAGACAUCACCAAAAUGAUGUCAUGUUUAUCAUGUGAUUUUUCAAUUAUUAACUUGACAUUUUUUAUUUUAAUUUAUGCAAAACGAAACAAAACAAAGGUUUAAUUUUGGUAUAAGAUUAAAAUUUAUUUAAUUGUAUUCACAAAAGUAUAUAUUCACUUGUGUGAAAAUUGUUUUCUGUUAGCACUUAGUGAAAUAUUUUUUAGUGUUACACUGAAAUUCAACAUUUAUUCAUAACAAUGCCCUUCUUCAAAAUCAUAUUUUAUCUGAACAUACAUCAAUAAAUGUUUUCUUUUAUUUUUUAGCAUAUUAUCAAAUAAGUGUGAAUCACGGACAAAGUUUAAUUGUCCAUCAUAUGAUGUGUAUAUUUUCAUGUAAGGAAUCGCAUCAUUUUUAAAGUCAAUUCUUGGUUAAAUGCACCCAUGACUUAUUUAACAUUCUUUGAAUCAGUAAAACACUUCCUGAAGGUGCAGAAGGACUAUUUUCAGCUUUUUUUAUAUGAGAACAUUACUAUUAUGUUGUGUGCCAUUUGUUGGAAGUACAAAAUAUUUGUGUACAGGCCAAGGUGUGUUAAAUUAGGAUCUUUGCAUCAUGUAUUGAAGUUUAUAUUUAUUGUUAUACCAACUUGUAAAGAAGUGUGUCAUGUGACCUUCUGUUUAUUGACUCUGCACAGUCAAGUAAUAGUUACUGCACCCACAACCCAGUAUAUUGUAAUUAUACAUAAGCACUCAGUGUGAGUGUAUUACUUAAAUCACAAGGUUAGUGGGUAAAGUAACUGUUUUGUACCAUGUUGUGUACUUAUCCCACACAUAGUCUGCAACACGGUACUUAAGCAAUCACCAGAAAACUUCAACCGUCAAGCAUCUGGUACUUUGCGGAACCAAUGAAAAUGCCUCAUUAAUUAUUCAUGAUUAUGAUAUUUUCCCAGCCAAAUUGCCCACAGUAAACAAGCAUAGCGUAGCAUGUAUCGGGGUACCCAACGAUGAUCCAUACAAUACUAACAUGUAUCGGGGUAUCCAACGAUGAUCCAUACAAUACUAGCAUGUAUCGGGGUACCCAACGAUGAUCCAUACAAUACUAACAUGUAUCGGGGUACCCAACGAUGAUCCAUACAAUACUAACAUGUAUCGGGGUACCCAACGAUGAUCCAUACAAUACUAGCAUGUAUCGGGGUACCCAACGAUGAUCCAUACAAUACUAGCAUGUAUCGGGGUAUCCAACGAUGAUCCAUACAAUACUAGCAUGUAUCGGGGUAUCCAACGAUGAUCCAUACAAUACUAGCAUGUAUCGGGGUACCCAACGAUGAUCCAUACAAUACUAGCAUGUAUCGGGGUACCCAACGAUGAUCCAUACAAUACUAGCAUGUAUCGGGGUACCCAACGAUGAUCCAUACAAUACUAGCAUGGUUAAGUUCCACCUACUUGUUACCAAUGGUAUUGUUAACCAAAACAAGAAAACACUCCCCAACAUGGUACAAAAAAUAUAUAUUUGAGGUUUAUAAAUUGAUGAAUGUCUGAAGGAAUCGUCAAGCAUAUAUAUUUAUAUGGUCCUUUACAUUGUUCAAUAGCUGACAAAAUUGUCUUUAUUAUUGUAGGUUAUAAAACCAAUUCCAAGUUCGUGUUUCUCCAAUUUUAGUUGUAAAAUGUGUAUGUGUCAAAUGGUAACAUAAUAAAAUAAUAAAAGAA